AUGCCUAACAUAGCAGGUAGUUUCAUAUGGCGAAUUGUACGCCAUGUCGCAAUCAUCUUACCCGCGGGGACUCUCCUUGGUGCUGGCGUUGCCCUGGGGUUACCUCCGCACCCUCACUUGGAUGCUGCAGCCCGUCUCGGCCCUAUCGCUGCUCUCGUUGCACUUGGCUGCAUCAUUUCUCAGUCACAUUGCUUCACGCAGUCCCCAAAGUCAAGAAUCGCGAUCUUGGUCGGACUUCGAGAUUAUAUACUGAAGAUGGCGGUAGUCACAUCCGUGAUAGCCAUGAGAUUGACGGCGAUGCCCAGGAACAGACAAGAAACUGCGGAUAUAAUUGAGGAGGGAGAGCACAUCUCACCCAAUGGCAUUGAGCGAUACAAAUCUCUGCGCAAUCUGAGCACGAAACUGUCCUGGGACUUGGCUUCCACCGCAAGUCAUGUGGGUCUGCUCUCCAACAUAGGCUCACUGGAUUUCAAGUUCAUGUCUGGACCCAAAUCCCAUGACUCGGACUGUUCAACUGGUAAAGACUCGGACAUUACACUGUCAUCUGAUAUGCAAGGCGAGCCCACCCGGAACAUGGAUAUCAUUGAAUGGACCACUACUAUAGGCUCUGCCACACACGAAACCAGAACGCCUCUUCUCAACGCAGACAGUACUGCAGAAGGAUACGGCGUAAUGUGUUGA